ACUGCCUCACAGUGACGGCAUGCACUUUCGUUCAUCUGCGAUUCUGCAGACGCAACACCUGCUGCUAAGCAUUCUAGCUGUCAUGAGACGCCAAUUAAUCUUCGACAAGAAGCAACCACUUGUGUUGGAGCUCCGCGAUGACUCGAUUGCAUUUUUAGUUCGAGCUUGAACCGAUUGCUGGUUUCCUCGUUGAGCGCACGAGGUGGUGAGAUCUUGACUCACAGAGGAUAUAUGUUUGGAAGGGUGAAUCGAUACUGCAUCAAAGCUGCACUCUGUACUCGAUGAGGACCACUUCACUUGAAUACGACCCACCACGCUAUGAGGAGCACGGGCCGACCAGUUACGCGGAAGCUGUUAGCGGGUACUUCUCACCCAAAAUUCCCGAUGACGACGAUAUCGCCAUCGCUGUCAUGGGCCAGACGGGCUCUGGAAAGACAACUUUCAUCAAUCUCGUGAGCGGCUCAAAUCUCAGCGUCGGAAACGGCCUGCGCUCGGACGGCGAUGCAGUGCAAUCUUCGGAUCCCUUUCUCCUCGAGGGUCACAUGGUCACGCUCAUCGACACGCCUGGGUUUGACAACUCGACACUAAGCGAGGCGGAUGUUUUGAAUAAAAUCGCAGCAUAUCUAUCCACUGAAUACGAGGAUGGGAAAACACUCGCUGGCGUUAUCUACAUCCACCGGAUUUCGGACGUGAGGAUGAGUGGCAUUUCGACGCGGAACUUUCGGACAUUCCGACAGCUCUGCGGCGACAGCACGCUCAAGAACCUGGUGGUAAUGACUAAUAUGUGGAGCAAAGUCAGAGGCGACAUUGGCGCCGCUCGUGAGAAGGAGCUCUCGAGCGAUAGUCGAUUCUUCAAGCCAGUAAUGGAUAAAGGUGCUCAGAUGGUUCGACACGAUAAUACGAUCUCUUCGGCUAGAAAGAUCUUGCUGCAGCUCAUCGGAAAUCGGCCAGUUCCACUUCAAAUCCAAGCCGAGUUGGUCGACGAGAAGAAGGACAUUCCGCAGACUGCGGCGGGGGAAGAGUUGAAGCGCCAGCUCCAUGAAAAGAUUCGCGGGACCCAGAACGAUUUGUCGAAACUUGCUCUGGAAAUGAACGAAUUCCAAGACGACCCGGAAGCCAUUGAGAGCGUGCAGCGGGAUCAAGCUCAAGCAAAGCGUGAAAUUCAACGGACCCGCAGCGAAAUGCAGAAUAUGUCGGCAAACUACAGACUCAGCAAAGCAGAUUUGAGGCGCCGCAAAUCGGCCAGAGUUCCCGCUCCAAUCAACGAAUCUUCCGAUUCUGAACAGGAGAUAGCGGUCGCUGUCAUGGGAGCCACCGGUGCUGGCAAGAGCACAUUCAUCAACCUCGUCAGCGGCUCUCAUCUGCAAGUGGGAGAUUCGCUGGAAUCGUGCACUGGGGCUGUGAUGUCGGCACCGUUGUUCCAGCUUGACGGGCACUGGGUCUCUCUUAUCGACACACCGGGCUUUGAUGACACUAAUUUGAGUGACACCGAGGUAUUGACGAAGAUCGCCAGUUUCUUGUCUGCAACAUACGCUGCCGGAGUGAAGCUCGCCGGAGUGAUCUAUAUGCACCGGAUUUCUGACGUCAGAAUGGGCGGCAUCUCGACACGUAACUUCCGCAUGUUCCGCCAGCUGUGCGGCGACCAGACGCUGAAGAACGUCGUGAUCGUGACCAACAUGUGGGAUGCUGCGGGUCUCAAGCUCGGGGAAGCACGUGAAAAGGAGCUAGCCACUGACGAUCGUUUCUUCAAACCUGUCAUCGCCAAGGGUGCUAGGAUGCUUCGCCACGACAAAGGCCUGAUCUCGGCCCAGAGUAUCUUACGUGAGAUCAUCGGCAACGUGCCGGCUACCUUGCAGAUCCAGCGUGAGCUCGUCGACGAGAAGAAGGCGAUCACGGACACCGCGGCUGGUGUAACACUCAACAAAGAGAUUGCCGACAUGGUCAGGAAACACAAAGACGAAAUCCGUACACUGCAGCGCGAAAUGAGAGAUGCCAUCCGCCAACGAGAUGAGGAAGCUCGGAGAGAGCUGGAGGCUGAAACUGGCAAGCUUCGUUCGGAGAUUGGCCGCUUGGAGGAAGACUCGCAGCGGCUAGCAGCUGACUACAACGCAAGGAAGGCCGAGAUGGAUCGCCGACUGUGUCAGGUGGAGGACAGAGCGAACAGCCGAGUUGCCAUGGCCGAGAGUAAGCUCGAGUAUGGGAUGGACAUCUUCCAGCGCAGGAAUGGAGAUUUGGAACGUAGACUGGCAGAACACGAAGCCAAGCACCAGAAGAAGAGUCGAAAGGUCCUGAAUGCGCUGAGCCGCACGGUCGAUGGCCUAUUCGCUCCUAGUCGUUGAUGUGAUUACAAGUUCUUUAGCGUUAGCAUCGUCAAUAGCAUGAGAAAUCCAGAUGGCUCUGCAAGAUCUUGCUAAGUGCUAGCGUAGGCUCGCUUACACCCUCU